GAGGAUCACAGCUCAUCUGGCAAUCUAGGCAGAAGAGCUGUGACCCCCCCGCCAGACCCCAGCAGCAGACCGCCAAGAUGUCUCUGCGCGCCCUGACGGACGCAGCAUGGGCACAGGGGCUUUCCAUGCUCUGCGCACACCAGUGACAAAGGCCGUGCUCACGAAAGCGUGGCCCAAGUCAAGGGGGCGGCGCUGGGCCGGCCAUUGCCGGGGCAACCCGGAAGCGUCCUGGGCGCCGGCCGGUCUCUUCCUCCUGUGCUCUCUGCCUCAGCUGUUCCGUUGGGAGGUCCGGGUGGGGACCGGGCCUCCGCAGCCAUCCCCGCUGAGCACUCUGCAGGAGACCCCUCCUCCUCAAAGGUCAGAUCCCACAGCCAGGACUCCCACUGCUGUCCCUGGCAAGCUGGCUGCUGCGAGGGCCCCUGCCUGCUAAUCGCUGCUGUCCCUGAAAAGCUGGCUGCUGUGAGGGCGGCUGUCCAUUGCUGAGUGUCCCUGGAAGUUGACCGCUGUGAGUGUCCCUGCACACUA